GAAAUGAAAUGGUUUCCGGGCAUGCACUCGGAGCCCCGCCCCCAUCUGUCUGUGCCAUCUUGAACAAAAACGGCGGAUGAAAAGAGCCCAGACAAAGAUGGGGAGAAUGUUUUAAAGAGAGAUUUUAAACAGCCCGUUUUUGAGUAUUCCUCUCAAGUGGGACGUAUUGGACCGGAAGCGGAGCUCCGUGAGCGAACAACAGCCACACCCGGCAGAACAGCUAAGCUAACGUUAGCAGCUAGCCAGGCUAAGCUAACGUUUAGUACGAGUUGGAAGUUUCCAGUCGCCCCCACUGGAAUACACUUGAGUUAUUUAUUGCGUUUGUCGUGUGAUUUUGAGCUCGAGAGGCUAUGAGCGAACGUCGUGUGGAUGUCGCGCCGCUGCCACUAUGAGGACGCAAGCUCGUUAGCUCCACUGCAAAGCGCUUGUUUUUUCGUUCCGCAGCGGAACUGCAGUAAGCCGCGGCCCUGGCCAUGCCCUCGAGCGCACGGGCGGGCAGUCUGAAGGACCCGGACGUGGCCGACCUCUUCUGCAGAGAUGACCCGGAGAAGCUCUUCGCCGACCUCAGGGAGAUCGGCCACGGCAGCUUUGGAGCCGUCUACUUUGCCCGAGACGUGCGCAACAAUGAGGUGGUGGCCAUCAAGAAGAUGUCGUACAGCGGCAAGCAGACAAACGAGAAGUGGCAGGACAUCAUCAAAGAGGUCAAGUUCUUGCAGAAACUUCGCCAUCCAAACACUAUCGAGUAUCGAGGAUGUUACCUGAAGGAGCACACGGCGUGGCUGGUGAUGGAGUACUGCCUGGGCUCCGCCUCCGACCUCCUCGAAGUUCACAAAAAGCCUCUGCAGGAGGUGGAGAUUGCUGCUAUUACCCACGGCGCACUGCUGGGGCUGGCCUACCUGCACUCUCACAACAUGAUCCACAGAGACGUGAAAGCAGGUAACAUCCUGCUGACGGAGCCCGGUCAAGUCAAACUGGGCGACUUUGGCUCCGCUUCCAUCGUGGCCCCCGCCAACUCCUUUGUGGGGACGCCCUACUGGAUGGCUCCAGAGGUGAUCCUGGCUAUGGACGAGGGGCAGUACGACGGCAAAGUGGACGUGUGGUCGCUGGGCAUCACCUGCAUCGAGUUGGCGGAGAGGAAGCCCCCCCUGUUCAACAUGAACGCCAUGAGUGCCUUAUACCACAUUGCUCAGAAUGAGAGCCCCAUCCUGCAGUCCAAUCACUGGUCCGAUUCCUUCCGCAACUUUGUGGACUCCUGUCUGCAGAAGAUUCCGCAGGACCGGCCCACCUCCAAUGUGCUGCUCAAUCAUCGCUUCCUGUGCCGCGAGCGUCCCCUGACGGUGGUCAUGGACCUGAUCGCCCGAACCAAGGACGCCGUGCGCGAGUUGGACAACCUGCAGUACCGCAAGAUGAAGAAGAUCCUCUUCCAGGAGACGCAGCAGAAUGGCCCCAUGUCUGAAGGAGCAGAGGACGAGGAGGAAGUGGAGCAGUACCUGUUGCGCACGGGCACGGUCAACAGCAUGGAGAGCUCGCAGUCGGUGCCCAGCAUGUCCAUCUCCGCCAGCUCUCAGAGCAGCUCCGUCAACAGCCUGGCCGACGUCUCCGAUGACAGCAGCGGCGAGAUGGCCAUGAUGCAGGAGGGAGAGCACACGGUCACCUCCAACAGCUCCAUCAUCCACCGGCCCACGGUGCAGGACAACAUCUACGAUGACCCUUACCAGCCGGAGCUGGAGCAGCCCCAGGCUCCCUCCGCCGGCCGUCGCAGAGCCUACUACCGCAACCGAGACCACUUUGCCACCAUCCGAACUGCCUCCUUGGUGACCCGACAGAUCCAGGAGCACGAGCAAGGCUCGGCGCUGCGGGAGCAGAUGUCGGGAUACAAGCGCAUGCGGCGACAGCACCAAAAGCAGCUGAUGGGCCUGGAGAACAAGCUGAAGGCCGAGAUGGACGAGCAUCAGCUCAAGCUGGAUAAGGAGCUGGAGAACCAGAGGAACAGUUUCUCCUCAGAAGCCGACAAACUGGUCAAGAAGCACCAGGCCAUCCUGGAGAAGGAGACCAAAGCAGCCCUGGCAGAGGAGAAGAAGUUCCAGCAGCACAUUCUGGGCCAGCAGAAGAAAGAACUGACCAGCUUACUGGAGUCGCAGAAGCGCCAGUAUCGCCAGCGCAAGGACCAGCUGAAAGAGGAGCUGAACGAGAACCAGUCUACCCCUAAGCGGGAGAAGCAGGAGUGGCUGAUCCGGCAGAAGGAGUGUCUGCAGCAGAUGCAGGCGGAGGAGGAGGCCAGUCUGCUCCGGAGGCAAAGGCACUACUACGAGUUGCAGUGUCGGCAGUACAAGAGGAAAAUGCUGCUGGCUCGACACAACCUGGAGCAGGAUCUACUCAGAGAGGACCUGAACAAGAAGCAGACCCAGAAGGAUCUGGAGUGCGCCAUGCUGCUGCGCCACCACGAGUCCACCCAGGAGCUGGAGUUCCGGCAGCUGGGCUUAGUGCAGCGGACACGCGCCGAGCUGAUCCGAACGCAGCACCAGACGGAGCUGACAAACCAGAUGGAGUACAACAAGCGGCGAGAGCAAGAACUGCGCCAGAAGCACACCGUGGAGGUGCGCCAGCAGCCCAAAAGCCUCAAGUCCAAAGAGCUGCAGAUCAAGCGUCAGUUCCAGGAGACGUGCAAGAUCCAGACACGUCAGUACAAAGCCUUGCGCAACCACCUCCUGGAGAGCACGCCCAAGUCGGACCACAAGGCCGUGCUCAAGCGCGUCAAGGAGGAGCAGACGCGCAAGCUGGCCAUCCUGGCUGAGCAGUACGACCACUCCAUCAACGAUAUGCUGUCCACGCAGGCUGUGAGUAAGCUUCGACUGGACGAGAGCCAGGAGGCGGAGUACCAGGUGCUCCGCAUGCAACUGCAGCAGGAGCUGGAGCUGCUCAACGCCUACCAGAGCAAGAUCAAGAUGCACACCGACACGCAGCACGAGCGUGAGAUCAAGGAGCUUGAGCAGAGAGUGUCCAUACGCCGCGCGCUCCUCGAGCAGCGGAUCGAGGAGGAGAUGCUGUCCUUGCAGAACGAGCGUUCAGAGCGUAUCCGGACGCUUCUGGAGCGGCAGGCUCACGAGAUCGAGGCCUUCGACUCGGAGAGCAUGCGUCUGGGCUUUAGCAGCAUGGCGCUGAGCGGCAUCCCGGCCGAGGCCUACAACCAAGGCUACCCCGCCCCCAGCCCCUCCUCAGGUUCGGGGGGCUGGCCCUCGCGCCCCGUGCCUCGCUCGGGAAGCCACUGGAGCCACAGUGUGCAGAACUCUGUAGCCGCACCAUCUUGGCGCGGUCAGAACCACAGCGGCAGCUUCGUCCGGACGGAGUCGGUGGUGUCGUCGCACGGCUUCGGGAGGGACAGCGACAGCGGGAAGGGGGGCAGGGCGUCAUCGUCGUCCUCCUCUGCGUCGUCUUCGUCAUCCUCUUCGCACCACCACCACCAUCACCAGCAGUCGCAGCAGCAGCCGCCGCCGCCCCAGCCUCACUACCUCCCCCAGCACUACCAGCACCACCAGAGCACGCCACACCUCUACCGCGACGAGAGGGAUCGUGCCCGGGAGUGGGCGGGGAGCGGCGGCCACUAUUCCCAUCAUUCCCAGGGCGGGCACCACCACCAUCACCCCCAUCUGUCGUCCCACGCCUCCUCCCAGUCCCUGGCCCUGCUGCCGCCCCCUCCUGUGCCUCCACCCGUCUCGCUCCCGUCCUCCCCUCCGUCCUCGGCCUCCUCGUCAUCUUCAUCUCAGGGAGGCUACGGCGGCGGCCUCGGGGUACGCGGCCCCGGCUUGAUGGCCCUCAGGAACAGCCCCCAGCCUCUGCGCAGGACGGCCUCGGGAGGGCCGGGCGGCGGCGGCAGCGACGGCGGCUUGAGCCGGAGCACAUCGGUCACAUCGCACAUUUCCAACGGCUCGCACCUGUCCUACUCGUGAGGAUUCCGCCCAGAGACUGUCAACUUUUCAUUUUUAAUUGCUUCACGUGUCGUUUGCAGUUUUUGUUGCACAAGACCAAGUUUGAGAUUUUGCUCUUGGCCGUCGCGUGCCGCUUCCUCUCAGCGAGCGGUGCUUUUUGAAACCGCUCCCACUUUGUAAAUAGGCCCUUCUCUUCUUUUCGUGUUUGAUGCUGUUGAGCAGAGAUUGUCUAGAUAGCCACAUCAACAAACCACUCCACGUGCCAGUCUUCCCUUCACCGCCACUUCGGCGAGUUAGCUUAGCGCUCGCCCAGUCGCUUCGACGUGCAGUUGGCUUAGCUUAGCUAUUUGCUGUGGGUUGGAAAAAAAAAAAAAAAAAAGACAUCCCAGCUAGCUCCAAUUUGUAGUUAGCUUAGUUUAGCUUUGUCUGCACCGUCCAGCGUAAACUCAGUGAUAUGAUUUCUUUGUGGGGGUUUAUUUUAAAAAGUUAUUUUUAUAACUAAGACUUUUAGGGAGAGAAAACAUGCUUGUUUGCUCAACUAGCAGGCUACGUCGUAUCACGUGACACAUUACUUUAAGUCUGAUUAUUUUAUGCUAGCACGCUGUGUUAUGAAGUGGCACGUGUUGUAACUAGCAUGUUACGUCACAACACAAGCACCUGUUCCGUUGUGGCGUGGCGUGAUGACAUCACCGCACGUUACAGUACGCUGCGUUACAGCCUCAUCCCCCACCUUCGGGUCACCCACAAACUUGCUUUAUGCUCUUUUCUGAUAGCGUCUGUUGAAUCUCAAUGUGAACGUUGCGUCAGUAUACGUAGCCGUACUAACUCGAAGAGCAUCUUUGCAAUUAUAAGGAUUCUUUUGUCAUGUGACCUACUAGACCAAUCGAUGCUACUGCUGUCGUAUUUAUGUCGGAUGCCACUUUUUAAAGCUGCAUUCCGCAGGAUUUUGGCCCAAAAUAUUUUUCAUAUCCUUUUCAUUUGGCCAUUUAUGAGUCACACAGAGUGGUGACCAUUUUGCUGGAAUGGACUUCACAUCCGUCUUGCAUUCCUCAGACCCCCACAGUUUCUCAGAUUUUGGUUUUGGUCCACAGGUGCCAGCAGCGGUUAGAAACGCAACAUCCAGCUUUUAUGCUAAGUUUAUUUUUUUUUUCUUCUUCUUCCAAAAUGUGACUGCCAAUGUUGACCACUCUGUGGGGAAGAAUAAGCGCAGUGCAGCAUUGCUGUGACAGAAUGACAUGAAGUCCAUUUCCCAGCAUUCCUUGUUCUUGUGUCAGUAUUAGCAUGUGAAGCAAUCCCACAAUCCUUUGGUGCCAUGUUCGACUUGACUUGAUUUUGUUUUCGUUGUGUGUUUGCGUGCGCCUGCGUGUCCGCAGGGGUAGAAGUGCAGAAGCAUCAUCAGGCCGCUUCCUCCCACCAUGGCGGAGGAGUGCAAAGGCCGUUUUUGGUUGUCUUGUCACGUCUACCUCAUUUGCACUGAUGUUCAAAGAAUGUUCGGCUCGUCUGACAAAUGAGCGACAUUUCACCUUUUGACUUGUUUUUUGUGUUUCGUUGUAACAUUUUUCCUUUUGGUGAGUUGAAGCUUGAAAAGGCACAAAAAGUAAUUGGAAAAAGGAAGCAAGCACAUUUGUUUUCUCGGCUCUCCCGUUAAAGGAGUAAAAGUUUGGGGAAAUGAGAUAUAUACGAUGCACUUCUCGUUUCCCACAGGCGGACGGUGCAAAGAUUAUUUUUCUAGUUUUGAAGUCAGGAAGAGAGGGGCUCACCAUUGCAAACAUGCUUUAGGAUGCUUCUCAAACAUCAGGAUUUCUUUACACGUGACCGUGGGGAAAAAAAAAAGGAAACCUUAAGGGGAAAACAAUUGUACAGAAACGUAACAAAAUACUUUUGGAAAAUAAACAAACAUCAGUACA